ACAUAUCGGCAGCACAGAUCUCCGUGUUUGGGACACAGUCCAUAGGGCUUGUACUGCGCAUGUGCGGAGAUACGUCUACUUCUUGUCUAAAGUAUGACGAAACGAUUUAUUUAUACGGCAGGUAUUUAUAAUGCUGUUGUUAUAAUACUACUACUACUACUAAUUACAAUGUUAUUAAAGUGUUGUUAGCAGUCUAUACGGCCGUUUACGUUAGUACGUUGCUAGGUUACCGACACACGCUAACGGUUAGUAGUCCUUUUAGCAGAACAAGCUGCACAUGCGCAGUACAAACCGUGUUUCCUGUAUGGAUCGAGUAGCGACAAGCCUAUAGGGGCUACAUAUACGCCAGUUCAAAAAGCACUUCCGGUUUCUCGUUCCCAUGAUGCAUCAGCGGGGGGAAAUUCAAUUCAAACACUUGGAGAAAUGGGUGAGGAGGGACUCGGAAAAGAAGGAGAAUUGAAUAAAUUUAUGACUGUUGUCACAAAACCCGAUAGUCGCGUUGAAAUCCAGGCUGAUGGACAGACCGAAGGAAGAGACGGAGAGACGGAGAGCUCGGGCGGGUUGUGUCCGAAUCUCCCGGUCAACACCGCUGCCUUUACAGCUGCUGGACAUGAGGACGCGUCUCAAACCGCAGCUAAUAUUAGCGAGGAGACUCUACACGGAGAGGACGUGAAGGAAAACAGAGAUAGCACAGAGGACGCAGAAAGCCAGCAGGACAAAAGUUCACAGCUUGGACACAUGAGCGGCCAGCAGGAGUCUGACUCCAGACAAGUGUCUGUACAGCAGCCUGUGUGUGAUGAUGACAAUGAUGAGGAAAUCAUGAGGAGAGCCAGAGAGGAAGGCCGUGUGGACGUGGUUUUUCCAGGAUGUGUGACACAGGACGGCUGUUGCAGAUUCGUCUGCGAGCUCCUCAAGUGUGUCCUGUACCAGAGACAACAGCUGCCCAUGACCUAUGACCAGAUGGUCUUCUUCCAAAAGCAGCAGCUGGCAACCACACAGCUGGAGGAAGGAGCAGUUAGGAAAUCCAUCAGGCCAUCAGGAGACUCAACGUGGCAGCGUUGCCAGAGGACACUACGAGACCUGGACGAGGUGCUGGGCCACCUGGAGGUGCUCUUCUCUCUCAGUUACGUUCCCCGUGUGCUCUUCAUCCUAGGAAGCUCUGGGAUUCUUCCCACAGAGUUAUACGAGAUCAACAUGGAGGCUUUGGUGCAGGGAGGCAGUGACAGGAGUUUGAGAACUUCUCAGUGUUUGAGGCGGCUGUUUCGUACCCUUUUCGUAGCGGAUUUGCUUUCUGAUGUUAAGCCGGUGCGCCUCAUGGGCACCACGAUCAUGGCGCUCGCCCAUCGGGACUGCGGCGUCGAAUGGUUCAAGCCGAAAGUCGACUACAGAGUUCCGAAGAGAGGAAAGAGACAGGUCAUCUCAUUAGCCAGCGCCGCUUCGGGAAGUGGCCAAGCGAAGGCGGACGCUAGAGACUGGGAUGAUUAUAUAUGGUUUCAGACACCUGUGACUAUUAAGGGUUUCUGUAAAUGACACUGUCUUAACGGCAGGUAAAAGCAUGGUGCUGAAAUUUCAGGGACUGAUGGAC